UAGUAGGUCGGGUAGACGUCCGAUUAAGGACAGCAGGACGGUUUGGGUAUUACUCCCCUUCUGUUGAUCCAUUGGGUUGGUAGGCUUUAGCGGGUUUGGGAAAGACUUGAUCCGUUAGUAGGUCGGGUAGACGUCCGAUUAAGGACAGCAGGACGGUUUAAGUAUUACUCCCCUUCUGUUGAUCCAUUGGGUUGGUAGGCUUUAGCGGGUUUGGGAAAGAAUUGAUCCGUUAGUAGGUCAGGUAGAGGUCCGAUCAAGGACAGCAAGAAGGUUUAGGUAUGCACGAAUCUCGAUGCAAAUCGCUAGUUCCCCAUGCGAGGUAGCGAGGCGCCCCUCCCUAGCUGACGCCAUCAUUAUCCUUCCCUCUUGAUUGGACCUUAUUCCCUCCUCCCUUCACCCUAUGACGUCUUGUUGCAGGUUGUUUCUUUGACGACCAUCAUCUUCCCAUUGGCUGGUACUCUUCUCAGUCCACUAGCCGAACUACUGUCUCAUGUAUGCAGCUCAACCAUAAUACGCCUAACUCAUUCAAAGUUCAAACACGUCAGUAUCACUCUGCUACGCCUACUUCCCCUACUCCGCUGCUGCUACGACCGCUUCAAGCGGAUCGUAACGAAACGUAGCCGACCUGUGCGACGGUGGCUCAGGUCAAAAGGCGUCAACAAUAUGUAGAACAUGUAGUUGUGUGUUCAUUAACCAACACGGUGAAGGCGCUGCAUCGAGAGCAGCACAGCACGAAAAGGUCAGCAUCAUGCGCCCCUGGCACGGCCUGGGAAAAUGGACACCACCCCACGUUCCCUGACACCAAACAUCGUCUCUACCGAAACUGCCCGGGCCACCCCUGCGGUAAUCGCACCCACAUUGUCCCAGCGCUCUCGUGAGUCGUCUCCACGAAGAAGCCCUACGUAGCUUCGGCGCAACUCGAGAGCAACUGUCGUCACCGGUGAGAUACGGGGAAGAUUGGCCGUACGUUGGCGAUCGGACGGAGGGACCAGGGACGGCCGGUGGUCCCGCUCCCGGACCGAUCACGUGAUCCCUGGACACGUGGCGAGAUGCCGCGGCUCAGCUAUUGGCUGGCACUGCCGGUCCCAUACCAGCGAGUGGUCCUUCGUCGUGGGACCGCCGAUGUUCUUCUCACCAAUCGGCCAACUUCCCCUCCCCCUCCCUCACGUUUCAUGUGAUAUAUACCUUUAAGCGAAAAAUAAGGAUUUGGUGUGGGUGAGAAUAUUCGCACGACGCGAUGCGGUCGCUUAGGAAUGCGCACGAAUCUUAUGGCAAGUGAGAGAAUCCGAGGGCGACAACAGAAUUGUUGGUUUAUUUUAGCGUUACUGCUAUCAAAGAAGUGUUGGCAGUGGCACUUUCGGAGUUUGGGUGGCGUAGGGAGGGCAUUCACGGGAAAGCUCUUCAAUCUUGCCUGUUGAGGACUUUAAAAGGCUCCCGUCCCCGCCUUCCUCCAUGAUUGCGUAUCGGAGAAGACGCCGACGCCUACCGUCUGUUCUCUCUUCCUCCUCGUGACUGUUUCCUCUCCUCUGUGCGAUAUGGAACCAGAAAACCCUAGCAAUGGCGAGCCCGAUGGCUCCCUCGAUCCCACGAGCCAGGGGCACGGCGACGAGUUCGAGAGCGCCUGCUCCACCCCCUUCGCCAGUGCCCCCUCUAGCCCCGGCCGCGGCGGUUACGGCGGCGGCGGCGGUGGCCUCUUCUUCUUUAGCGCCCCCUCCAGCCCGAUGCAUUAUGUUCUCUCCUCUCCCUACUCCGUCACCGACUCGCCCUCGGAUCCGGCCUCCACCGACUUCUCCUUCGAGUUCGAGUUCUCCGCCCGCUUCCCCGCCCAUUCCACCGCGGCCUCCGCCGACGAGCUCUUCCUUAAUGGCCAGAUCCGCCCCAUGAAGCUAUCCUCCCACCUCCAGCGCCCACAAGCUCUCGCCCCGCUCCCAGAUCUCGCCGAAGAGGAGGAUGAUGACGAGAAGGAUGGCCCGAGGUACAACCGCGAGGGGCUGGAGAUCGGCGUCCGAGGGCGGGACCUGAAGCUCCGGAGCCGGUCCGUCCAUCGGAGGGCCAGAUCGCUUUCCCCGCUUAGGAACCUGCCGUUCCGUUGGCGGAUGCAGGGCACGGAUCGGGAGGAGAGGGGCAAGGAUCUCGAGAAGCCCCCAGAUCUGACGCAGAUCGAGGCGGAGGAGGCACCGGCGCCGCCCGUGUCGGCGUCCUCCCGCUCCUCAUCUUCGUCGUCGACGUCCUCGUCUUCCUCGUCGGGACGGAGUUCGAAGCGGUGGAUCUUUCUCAAGGAUCUCCUCCACCGGAGCAAGAGCGAGGGGAGCGACCACGGAAAGGACAAGUUCUGGCACGGGAUCUCCUUCUCGGGGUCCAAGGACAGGCCGAAACCCCCUGCGAGCUCGAACCCGGAGACGAAGCCGCCAGCCGCGGCCCCGACGCAGCGCGAUGCGCCGCAGCCCAGACCGGCGAAUGGGAUCAGGAGACGGAGGCGGGCGGCGCCAUCGGCUCACGAGCGGCACUACACCACAAACCGGGCGCAGGCCGAGGAGAUGAGGCGGCGGACCUUCCUGCCCUACCGGCAGGGCCUCCUCGGGUGCCUGUGGUUCAGCUCCAAGAGCUACGGCGCCAUCAAUGGCUUCGCCCGGUCCUUCAAUCCCGUCCCCUCGAGGUAACCCGCUCCACCUCCUCCGCAUUAUUACUACCCAAGAAAACUAGCAAAUCGAGUUCUGUACAGUACAUCAAAUCUCUGUUAGUGUAUGAGGGAUCGAGGCUUUCUUGUUUCGCGUUU